GUAAUUUUCAUUUCUAUUAGAUCCUUAAAAUAGUUAAGUUUGAAAAGCUCGGGUAAAAUCAAACCACUAAUUAUUGCGUACAUAGCUUCUCAGAUGAAUGUUGAAGCAGCCAGAUCGGGUUGAAUUUGAUUGGAACGGUGCUUGAUUUCAACUAGGGUAUAUGAUGGUUCUCCCAUUAGAUCUUCAGGACUUCCUUCUUCGAGCUCGAGUGCUCCAGUUAUACAGAAACGCUCUAAGGACUGCAAGAAGAGCUCCUAUUGAUGCUAGAGUUGAACUGAGUCACAUGAUAAGGAAGGAGAUGGAGAACGGCAGGAGUUGCAAUGAUAAGCAAAGGAUUCGUUUCAUGAUUAGUGAAGGAUGGGAGAAGGUGAAGCGAUUCGAUGAGAUGCUCGAUAUGCAAGGUCACUGAUUGGCAUUAUUUCUACCCCAUUCAAAGGUGCGAUACAUAAGGGAUCACGUCUUUGAGAUGGCUUUUUGUUAUUAUCCAAGUAAUUUUGAACUAGUUGGUAUAUUUUUGGUUGGUAUACAAAGGAGUUGCUUUCUGUUUCAGCUUGGAUAUACUUUCUGUAUCAGCUUUGAGGAUAUAUACUUUCAUUCUUUCAUUCUUUGCUCCGGUCCGUUGCUACAAUGUUGGUAAAACCAUUUCUACCAUCUUAAGAAAAGUUUAUGGGUUGUUGUACUAAUUGCAUGUUCAUGCUUAGCUAAAAACUUUGGACUCUGAAAACUCUUCUUAUAAAACACUUUCACUCUACAGUGUGGAACCAGGGGAAGUGAGCCGGUACCGGCACCAUCCUUCGCUGGAAGAACCUAGGUGUGUGUGUGUGUAUAGAGUACUCUUCUGGUCAGGAAUUCCUGACCGGAACCGCCGUCGUGACGACGGUUUUUGGGGCUCUUCCCGGUGGAAUUUUUUGAUGAAAUUUUUAUGGCUUGUUCUUCAUCAAAUCUAGUUCAUCCACAAAAAAUUGCAGCUAAAAAUUUAAUCGGUAAGGCCGUCCAAUGAUUUUUGGAAGAUAAUUGCGCCAAAUUAUACAUAUAAAACGCAGUUAACUUCCAAAAAUUAUUUGAUAGCCUCUCGAUUGAAUUUUCAGCUGAAUCUUUUUAUGAAUAAACUAGACUUGAUGAAGAACAUGUCAUAAAAAUUUCAUCAAAAAAGUUGACCGACAAGAUACCUAAACGCCACCGUCUGGACGGCGGUUCAUGUCCGGAAUUCCGGACAUAAAUAUUUCUCUCUCUCUCCCUCUCUUUAAAACUCGGUAGGUAAACCACCAAAAUAAGUGGAGUAGAAGCUGAGGAACAUCUACCAGAUAUUAUAAAUGAUCAUCAAAAGAUACAUGGGGGACCAAACCUUAACCCACAACAAUAUGAAAAUACACACAAGAACUAGCCAAAAGAAAAUCAAUCAAUAUAUGGCCUACAUAUCCAAAGUGAUUGUACCCAAAAGGUUUUUGGACACUGUCAUUCCCUGUCUCCAUGUAAAGGCCUCCAAGAAGCCCAUUUUUGCUACCACCCCUGCAGCAUUAUUGCUUGGGCCAAAAUAAAGCAAAUAUUCCAAUGGCCCAAAUUCAUUUGAUCCAUCUCCCUUCGAAGCAAAUAAGAAACAUCUAGCUCCACUUUAGGAAACCCGAAAGUCUCAGACCACCGCAUUUCCUGGAGACAAACUUCCUCAUCCCUCAUCGAUGAACCGCUCAACGGAAAGCCAUCUGCCGCUAUCAUCGCACCGGAGUGAUCCCUCAAUAAGAAACCAGCUGCUGAUUUCCCGUUUUAUCUGAACACUGCCCAGUUCAGCUUAACAUUGGGGUAUGCCGGCUUCAUCCAUCUGGAGAUCUGGGGUUUGUUUCGCCUGAAAAACUGAGGUAACAUCGUGUUUUCGUAAAAGCUCCAUAUAGACUCUGCCAGCGGACAAAUCAACAAGAUAUGAUCCUGAGAUACUUGAGCCCUAUUGCAAAAGGGACACAUCGAUGGGUAGAUUACAACAAAGGAGGCUAUCUGCUUAGGAAAUGGAAGCCCUUUAUGGCUUUAUGCCAAAGUUUCUAUAAAAACACCCUAACUUUGGGUACCUGUUUAGGGUGCCAUAUAUCCGUAACUGAUAGGACCCUCCCCCCUCUUGGCCAAAGUGCCUGAUAGGCAGUUUUUGUUGUAAACUUACCAUCUGCAGAGUGUUUCCAUUUAACAUAGUUAGGACCCCUGACCACCAUAGCCUCAACCUCAUCAUUAAUGAGGCAGAUUCUUCUCCAGGUUGGAGAAUCAGUAGGCUUGACUUCCCCAGAACACGAUUCCCAUACAUACAUAUAUUAGCUUGUUAGCUUGUUGUCUCCAUAUAUAUAUAUAUUUGCAUAUAUAUAUAUAUAUAUAUAUAUAUAUGCAUAUAUAUAUAUAUGCAUAUAUAUAUAUAUAUAUAUAUAUAUAUAUAUAUAUAUAUGCAUAUAUCAAUAUGCAUAUAUAUGCAUAUAUAUGCAUAUGCAUAUAUAUGCAUAUAUGCAUAUAUAUGCAGUUUUUGUUGUAAACUUACCAUCUGCAGAGUGUUUCCGUUUAACAUAGUUAGGACCCCUGACCACCAUAGCCUCAACCUCAUCAUUAAUGAGGCAGAUUCUUCUCCAGGUUGGAGAAUCAGUAGGCUUGACUUCCCCAGAACAUGAUUCCCAUACAUACAUAUAUUAGCUUGUUAGCUUGCACAGAGGAAUAUCAUAUUGGAUGAAUUAAAGGAGAAUUUGACAAGGGCCCAGAAUCAGAUGAGACAACAAGCUAAUAAGCACAUGAGGGAGGUUCAAUUGGAAGUAGGAGAGAGGGUUUAUUUGAAGAUACAACCUUACAAGCUAAGGAGUUUAGCUAAAAGGAUAAAGCUAAAGCUUGAGGCUAAAGCUUGCUAUCUGUGCUUGUUGAUCGAGCGAUCAUCUCAGAGGGAAGACUUGGUUCGUGCUUCCUCCAUUCUGUUUUUAAACAAUUUAAACAUGCUCAUGGAUAUUGUUUUUCAUUAUGGAGCCUGCGUGCUCGUGUUUGCCCCGUGUGGCACUUGUUUUCAAACUAUGAUUUCCGCUGCGUAUUCAAUUACUUGUUAUGUAUGUUUAUGGAUGACUAAUGUGUGAAUGAUAUUCGAGACGCCUUGUAUAAUA